UGUGGUUGUCACGGCGACGCAGUCCAGGCACAAUACUGUGACAGAAGAGGGUUGCAGAGCAGCAGCGGCGGCGCGGAGGAAAGAACGAGAGACGCAGACGACAGAGGAGACGCUCACUGGACAUCCUGCAGAAGCAGGAAGACGGCAAAGGUCAAAGGAGAGAGAGGCGCUUCAUUGAUGAGCUCGCAUUCAGGCACUGGACACUUUCCAGAUUCAAGUUAGAUUGAGUCUGUGCUGCUAAUUUCAGUAGUUGCUGUGAGGAGAGUUAGUGUUGGGUUUGUAGUUUAACGCCGGGAUCAUGGACGCAUCAGGAAGGUUUUAGGUCACCGAAGGUCACCCGAGGGCCGUCAGCACUGCUAUUGAGGUGAGUUUGGAGAUGGAGUUGUGGAGACAGUGUGCCGGAUGGCUGAUUCAGUGCCGAGUGCUUCCCGAGAACCACAGAGUCACCUGGGACAACACACAGGUGUGUGAUCUGGCCCAUGCUCUGAGAGAUGGAGUAUUACUCUGUCAGCUGCUCAAUAACCUGCUGCCGCAGUCGGUCAACCUGCGUCAGAUUAACCUGCGACCCCAGAUGUCUCAGUUCUUGUGUCUGAAGAACAUCAGGACGUUCCUGUGUGCCUGUCAGGAGAAAUUCGGUAUGAAGAAGAACGAGCUUUUCGAGGCCUUUGACCUGUUUGACGUCCGGGACUUUGCGAAGCAGAAUGUUCACGUAACAGCCGUGUUCACUGUUAUUUGUGUUUGUCAUGUUCACUGCAGGCCGUUUCCAGAUGAAGCGUGUGUCGGAGAUGAUGACAUCUACACCGGCCUUUCAGACCAGAUCGAUGACACGGUGGAGGAAGAUGAUGAUCUUUAUGACUGUGUGGAGGAAGACGAGAAAGAAGGAGAUGAUAUUUAUGAAGAUCUGAUGAGGACGGAGGAACCAGAAACACAGCAGAAGGUUGAAGUGGACAAGAGGAGCUGCUGUCUUCAGGAGCUCAGACAGACAGAGGAGAAAUACACAAACACACUGGAAUCAAUACUUCAGCACUUUCUGAAACCGCUGCAGCCUUUCCUGCAGCCUGUGGACAUCGAGAACAUCUUCAUCAAUAUUCAAGAUCUGGCCAAGACCCAUCGCUCUCUGCUUCACGAGCUGCAGGAGUCCAUGCUGCAUUCACGAGCCGAGAAUCUCUAUCAGAUCUUCAUCGACUACAAGGAGAGGUACGACACGCACAGAACUGAGCGAAUGGAAGCCGCCACCAAACACCUGGACAAAAUCACCAGCACACAUGAAGACGUGAAGAUGAAACUGGAGGAGUGCUCAAUGAGAGCCAACAGCGGCAGGUUUUCACUGCGAGAUCUGCUGAUGGUUCCCAUGCAGAGAGUCCUGAAGUAUCAUCUGCUGCUGCAGGAGCUUGUGAAACAUACGGUGGACCAACAAGAGAAAGAAAACUUGCGCACUGCACUGGAUGCCAUGAGGGAUCUGGCUCAGUGUGUGAACGAGGUGAAGCGAGACAAUGAGAUCAUCCGUCAGAUCACGACGUUUCAGCUGUGCAUCGAGAACAUGUCUCUGUCUCUGGCGUUAUACGGACGCCCCAAAAUAGACGGGGAAUUCAAGAUCUGCAAUCUGGAGAAGAAAUCCAAACAGGACCGGUGUGUUGUUAGAGAGAAGGACAGCAAGAAGUGGACGCACACCUUCCUGCUGAUGGAUCUGUACGGUCAGGGCGGCUACGAUCUCUUCUUUAAGACGCGAGAGCUGAAGAAGAAGUGGCUGGAGCAGUUUGAGAUGGCGCUGUCCAACAUGUGUCCGGAGAACAGCACGGCUAACGGUCAUGACUUUCAGAUGCACUGUUUUGAGGACACCACCUCGUGUAAAGCCUGUCAGAUGCUCCUCAGGGGGAUCUUCUAUCAGGGCUACCGCUGCUCGCGCUGUAAGAUGGCUGCUCAUAAAGAGUGUCUGGGUCGAGUUCCUGCGUGCGGACGGAACUCUGAACUGUCAGGAACGCUCAAGAAGAAUAAAACGAUGAGGUUAACGUCUCAAAGACAGACCAAACCAGGUAAACACACGUCACACAGCGUCCUCACACACACACACACACACACACACACAUAUACAGGAGUGUCUCUGGACACAGGAGAACUAGAUGCCAGUGAGCUCCUCAACGAGCUCUUGUGUGUGUGUGUGUUUCAGGGCAGGAAUCUGACCAUCAGAGAGGUCGGCUGGUUUCCCUGCAGUAAAGUUCAGCCGUUUGUGCCGGCGCCUCCUCCAGAUUUAACAGGACUGCCCUGGUUCGCUGGUAACAUGGACCGGGCCGGUGCUAAAACUCUGCUGAUGUCUCGCUCUGACGGGACGUUUCUGGUGCGGCAGAAAGACGCUGGAGAAUUCGCCAUCAGCCUCAAGUUCAGCAUGGACACCAGACACAUAAAGGUCACGUACUCAGAGGGAUUCUACAGGAUCAACGAGAAGAAAGCCUUCAAGGGACUGUUUGAGCUGGUGCAGUACUAUCAGGAGAACUCGCUAAGGGAGUGUUUUAAGGACGUGGACUCCAGACUGCAGACGCCGUACAACCAGCCGGAGCAGAGCGCAGCGCCGCAGCACAGCAGCACACGCCACGCAGGUGUGAGUGAGCGCUACCACGGCACGGCUAAAGUACGCUACGAUUUCUCUGCUCGUGACCGGACCGAACUCUCUCUGCGGGAGGGAGACACCGUCAAGAUCAUCUCCAAGAAAGCUCACAACGGCUGGUGGAAAGGAGAGGUGUACGGCAGGGUGGGCCUUUUUCCUUCUAAUUACGUGGAGGAGGAGCAUUCAGAUUACUGCUGACCAAUCAACACCUCCAUCACAUCACACUGAUACAAUCACAGCCACGUCAGUCGUUUACAGCAUCUCAAUCUCACCUGGGAAUCAGUCAAACGUCCGAAUGAAUGGGGUUUGCUGGCUUGUACAUAGAGAGUGUUUUUUCUCUAGACAAAGUGAAUGAUUUCAUCGUUUCAUUUUAAACAGACUCCAGUUUGGAGCGAUUUAAUCCAGGAGUAGUUCAGAUUAAAGUUAACGGUUUGACGGGUUCAGAAGAGCUCGUCAGUGUUUCAGUGGAUGUAAUGGGGUGUUUUUUUCCUUGAGAUUCCAAUUAAAGUGGUUUUAAAAGCAUUGUGAUGUUCAACAAACACAGAGA